AUGAGUGGCGCUUCUGGCGAGCCAUCCCGUGGGGGCUUGUGGGACACCGGCAGACCUUUACAGGCUUCAAAUUCUUCCCUAGUUAUCCACAGUGCCCCACCACACACCGAACCUUCGGAGGCGAUGUUCGUCGAACUGGAGGGUCCUGAAGAGGAAGAUCCUGAAGGAGAGGCACGCCCUCCCCCGCUGCAAGGAGAUGCCCCCUCCACAAGCUCCAGUAUUGAGUCGCCAACGAGUUCCUGUUACUCCCCCGAUAGCUCUCUUUCCUCUGUAGCCCUUGCGCUUUAUAAAGCAGGACUCCGGUUUGAGAAUCAGGGGCGCCUCGCUGGAGCCAUCGGCCUUUACCGGCAAGCCAUUAAGCUUCAUCCCGGAUUAGAAAAGGGUUUGGUAUGUCUAGACUCAGAGGAUCCUGCAAAGGAGAUAGACAGGGAGGAGGAAAGAGAGACCGACUUGACGGCAGAGAGAAAUGCCGGGUACUUGGAAGGGGAUGUGCAUGUCGAUAGGCAGAUGCUUCAUGGAAGAAGGGCAUGGGAUGCGGCAAGGCAAGUUGCCGCUGCAGCUGCACACAGCGGCACAAGCCUGAGCCGGAGGAGGGCCUCUAUUAAGCGCCAGGACGAGCCAGGAGGAGGGGCAGAAGACGCAGCUAGUGAAGAGACCUGCCCCUUGCUGACGGUUCCUGAGCACGUGCUUGCUAGGGUUCUUCUCUUUCUCGAUACUUACGCCAUCGCCAAAUCUGAAGCAGAAAAACAUGUGGCCGUGGGAGCACUCAAAUGCGUUCAGGCACACCUGGAGGGCAAGCCCAGUGACGCUUACAAGGCCGCAAUGCAACCUGGUAGAGUGCCCGUUCUCCAGGGAUCCCCCCUGCCAGAUCAGGUGGUACUAGGGUCCUAUGCCUUUAACCCUCUCGACAGAAUUGUAACUCUUGAGUACACAGGGAAAGCAGCUGUUGUAGCAGGGCGGCCAGUUUCUUCGGGGAUGGCCUCGACCCCACCAAGGGCUCGCGGGGCAGCUGGCACGCCUAGCAAUGGCCGCAGCAGCAGUACACGAGGAGAGGAAUCAGGCAUGAGGCGAGGCGUGAGGGCAGGGCAUCAACACGGAUCUGUUGACGCGUCUGUAGAACCCUUUGACAGCUCUCCGACGCCGCGGCACACUGCAGUACUGCGGCUGACACACAUUAAAGGCGGCAGGUGGAACUACAGGCUCAAAUGGAUCAGUCUCUCCGUCACGUCAAACACGAACAACGGGCCUGAUGAGUCCUUCAUUGAUGUUGAAAAUGAGAACUUCAGGAAUGUGAAUGCAGCAUCGAGCGACAUUAAUCAAAAGACAGCGUCUGAGGGGGCAGAAAGCGGGGUAUGA